CACUCCACCUAGCGUCCGAGCAGCGCAUUUACACGGCGACCGAGGGACGAUCGCCCUUCCUGCUACGCCAAGAAAGGACACGCGCUUUUCUGCUCAGCCAUGGAAAGAAAGGUUGCCCGGGAGUUUAGGCACAAGGUGGAGCUGCUGAUAGACAAUGAGGCAGAAAAAGACUACCUGUACGACGUGCUCCGGCUGUACCACGAAUCCAUGGACCUCCCAGUGCUGGUGGGUGAUCUGAAGCUGGUGAUCAAUGAGCCUAGCCGGCUGCCCCUCUUCGACGCCAUCCGCCCCCUGAUCCCUCUGAAACACCAGGUGGAGUAUGACCGGCUGACUCCCAAGAGGUCACGGAAACUGAAGGAAGUGCGGUUGGACCGCACACACCCCGAGGGGCUAGGUCUGAGUGUGCGGGGUGGUCUGGAAUUCGGCUGCGGCCUCUUCAUCUCUCAGAUCGUGAAGGACGGACAGGCGGAUAGUGUGGGGCUGCAGAUUGGUGAUGAGAUUGUUCGCAUCAACGGUUACUCCAUCGGCUCCUGCAUCCAUGAAGAGGUGAUCAGUCUCAUUCGGACCAAGAAGACAGUGUCCCUGAAAGUGAAGCAUGUCGGGAUGAUACCUGUCAAAAGCUCCACAGACGAGCCCCUCCGGUGGCAGUUUGCAGACCAGUUUGUUUCUGAAUCCGGGGACAAGAAAAGCAGCAUUGCCGGACUGGCGUCGGUCGGAGGGAAGGAGAUCAAGGAGAAGAAGGUCUUCCUCAGUCUGGUGGGCACCAAGGGCAUGGGGAUCAGCAUCUCCAGCGGUCCUACGCAGAAGCCUGGGAUAUAUGUGAGCAACGUAAAACCGGGGUCUCUUUCAGCCGAGGUGGGGCUGGAGGUUGGUGACCGGAUUCUGGAGGUCAACGGAGUAGAUUUCACCAACGUGGAUCACAAGGAGGCUGUCAGGGUGCUGAAGAGUAGCAGAAGCUUAACUAUUACUGUUCUUACUGGAGCUGGCAAGGAGCUGUUCAUGACGGACGAGGAGCGGCUGGCCCUGGAGGCGCGCAGGGAGCUGGAGCGCCAGGAGCUCAUGCAGCAGAAGCGGAUGGCUCUGGAAGCCAAUAAGAUCCUCAAGGAACAGCAGGAGAAAGAGAGGCUGAGGAAAAUGGAGAUGUCUCAGAAGACAGCUGAGGAGGAGGAGCGCUAUCAGAAGGAGAUGCAGAGGAUUGAAGAGGAGGAGCAGAAACACAACAGGGAGUGGGAGGAGGACUGGGGGCCCAGGGAGCAGCCCAGAAGCCCUUCUCCUGCUGCUGCGGAGAUCAGCCCCCCCCCUGCCCCCAAACCCAAGCGCUCUGGUACAAGCCAGUGGAACCAGUCUACUGGUCAUGGUUUCCAAAAGUAUGUGGAAGACUUCGACCCCUAUUGCAUGUUCACCCCAGAGCAGAUAUCAGGGCGGGAUGUCCGGCUGCUCAGAAUUAAGAAGGAUGGUCCACUUGAUCUUGCUGUGGAAGGGGGAAUAGAUUCACCCCUGGGAAAGCUAGUGGUAUCUGCCAUUUAUGAGGGCGGCUCUGCAGACAAACAUGGUGGAAUAGUUAAGGGGGACGAAAUCAUGGCUGUGAAUGGGAAGAUCCUGACGGAUGCCAGCCUGAGUGAAGGCCAGAGCGCUUUAGCUAGAGCAUGGAACAGCGGUGGGGACUGGAUCGACCUAGUGAUUGCAGUGUCACCUCCGAAGGAGUACGAGGAUGAAGUCUCUAAAGCAGCAUCAAUCAGUCCCACUGCAGAGGGGCGAGUUUUCAAAGGCUCUGCCUCCGUGUACCGACAAGGCUACCUUCUGCAGCUGUAGCGGCAUGCGCACGGAAAGGGUAACCGCCCCCUUGGUAGCACAGGACUGCGGUGGGAGGGCAAACGUGCCUGUAUGCGUCAUGCGGGCAGGACGGUCUCUCAUGGAAGCUGGUGAAGUCUGCAUCAUGUAAAUUUAAAAUGAAUAUGUUCAAGAAUCCAAGAGAAGAAAAUAUCAGCCUGGCAAAAUCUGCAGUGGAAUGGAUUGAAUGGGUCGACGUACAUUAGUAUCAAGGGACCAUAGUGAAGUCAUUGCUUGGAAAGUUACCACCUCCUGGGGAAUCGAUUGUGAUAAGUCAGAAAAAGUCAGGUGUGAAUAAUUUUCCGAGCUUAAAGCGACAAAUCUUCACAGCGUGUCCAUGUCCCAUUGUCAAAAGUUCUUCUGAUUGAUGCUGUCGAAAGGGACUGGACUCUGUAAUGACUCAUACAAGGCUCUUUCAGUGCUUGACAAGUCCAUCCUUCACCGCAUGCUGCCUUUUUUGGUCAUUGCUUUGUGACGCUCUCUGAUUGUGCUGUACUGAAGUUUGCACUUGCCAAAAUGUGCAUGUGUGAGAGUGUAGCCUUCAACCGUUAUUAAUUGUUCAGUAUGUGGAAGAACCUCUCCAAUCUAUAUGUAUAUCAUGAGAACAUUGUCAGAAGAACGUUUUCACUGCAUGCGGUUUCUUAUUUUGCACUUAAUGCAUGUUACAUAGCCAGGUAUUUAUGUCAGAAAUGUGUUAAUGCAUAAGCGCACAGUUUGGUGACAGAUUGCUUUGACCGUGCCUAUAUUCUCUUCUUAUUUUA